AUGUUAUUUAAGAAAAUCAAUAUAUAUUCAAAAUAUUCAAAGAGAAAAUAUGUACUUAAACAAUCCAAAGAUUUUUUUCAAUAUUAUAUUGAAUAAGUCCUAAAUAGUCAAAUUAAGUAUUAAUAGAAUUUUAAGCCUUCUCUCAUUUUUUAAAUUUCAAAUUUAACUUUCAAGUAAUUAGAUAUAAAUUUAUAAAUAGAUAUAUGUGUCUCAAAAUCUUAAGAAUAAAAUAUAAAUAUGCAGAAUCAAGAAUGAUAAAUACAAAGAUGGUCAUAUUAUAUUCAAAAAAAUAAACAAAAAAAUAAAUUAAAAAAAUGAGUAUUAAUUAUAUUAUAAAAUAUAUGGGUAAUAAUUGCACUGGCUAAUGUGCAGGAUGUUACAAAAGAGACAUUGAAAUAUUAGUAAAUAUCUUCAAUUCUAUUCUAGAAAAGCGAACAACAUUAAAUAUUAUCAGAAAAACCUUAGGAUUCACUAAGCAGAAAAAGUUCGAAAAAUUUUGUAGAAGAUGCUAUCCCAUUAAGUAGUAAAAGUGAAAUUAAUACUAAACCUAUAACUAAAAGUGUUGUUGAUAUUGUUGGAGACAAAUCAAAGAAAACAAGGGCUGUUAUUAAAAUUUAAUCUUGUUGGAAGGGUUAUUCAGUUAGAAAAAAGUUUCCAUUUGUGAACCGCAUCAAAACUAGCAUUGAAACUGAAGGAAGUAAAACAGUAGGCAGUUACUUUGGAAGAUUGAACAAUGAAUCAAAAUUAAAAAAGUAUAACUACACACAAAAAUUUAAGAUUAGCAAAAAUGUAUAAUGGUUAAUGGUUGGGAAAAGAUAGACAUGGAAAAGGUAUCUAAUCUUGGCCAGAUGGAGCCCAAUAUGAUGGUGAAUGGGAACAUAAUAAAGCUCAUGGAAGAGGAAUAUUUCGUCAUGCAGAUAAAAUUGAAUAUGAAGGAUAAUGGAAAUACAGUAAAGCAUGUGGCUAUGGAGUUAUGAGAUCUCCAAAUGGAGCUUAUUAUGAAGGUGAAUGGGAAAAUGAUCUUUAACAUGGAUAUGGCAAAGAGAAGUGGGCUGAUGGAUCCUAUUAUGAAGGCCAAUAUUAUAAAGGUUUAAAGCAUGGAAAAGGGAAAUAUAUAUGGAAGGAUAAUAGUUAUUAUGAAGGAGAAUGGUAGAAUAAUAAAAUUCAUGGAUUAGGAGCUUAUCAUUGGAUUGAUGGUAGAGGUUAUAUAGGAUAAUGGAGAAAUGGAAUGAUGAAUGGACAUGGAGAAUAUAGUUGGAGUGAUGGUAGAAAGUAUAUUGGUGAAUAUCUAAAUGAUUAAAAGGAUGGAUAUGGAGUAUAUAAAUGGGUAGAUGGCAAAGAAUUUAGAGGAUUGUGGUAGAAGGGAGUUUAACAUGGAGAAGGGAUUUAUGUUACAGUUGAUGGUAGAACUAAGAGAGGAUUAUGGCAAGAAGGCAAGUUAGUUUAAUGGUUGAAAUGA